CUACAACAAAACCUAACCUCUUAUCUGUCGCUUUGACUCUACGCUUUAGAAAGUGUUUACAGUUAACUUAAAUUUUUUAAUUGAACAGUUAAGUAAAAUUGGAUUUAUUAGUGUAAUAACUUGAUUUUUAUUAUUUACAAUGGCCGAUUUUUAUAUUCGAUAUUAUGUAGGCCAUAAGGGUAAAUUUGGGCAUGAAUUUCUUGAAUUUGAAUUUCGGCCUGAUGGCAAGCUCCGAUAUGCCAACAAUUCAAAUUAUAAAAAUGAUACUAUGAUCAGAAAAGAAGUUUACGUACAUCAGUGUGUGAUGGAAGAACUCAAAAGGAUUAUAAUAGAUUCGGAAAUAAUGCAAGAAGAUGAUUCCUUGUGGCCCCCUCCAGAUCGUAUUGGAAGACAAGAGCUUGAAAUCGUCAUAAAAGAUGAACAUAUUUCAUUUACUACAUCAAAAACCGGUUCUCUAGUGGAUGUAAGUCAAUCUAAGGAUCCAGAAGGAUUACGAUGCUUUUACUAUUUGGUUCAAGAUUUAAAGUGUUUGGUGUUUUCUUUGAUUGGUUUACAUUUCAAAAUUAAACCUAUAUAAUUUUUAGUUCUCUUUAUAAGUGAAAUAAUCAAAUAAAGUAUCAAUAUUCAAAA